GACCACGCGGGGCGCACCACAGGUCCACAAGGCACCGGCUGCGCCACCUACACGAGUGAGGCUAGCCGAUAGGCGAAGGUAGGGACUAGGGAGUGCCAGUAGAGACACUGUAGUACUGCGGCUCCUACCACCGCGCCUCCAUCCACCGUCCACCCCCCCUAUACUACGCCGCUGCAGGUCUCUUUCCAAUCUCACUUCCCACCUGUGCGCUCUAUUUCACCCGCCACUGCAGCGAGCUCUAGCAUCGUCUCUCCCUUUCCCCCAGUAGUGGCAGAUCUGUGCGCGUGACCCCCAGCUUGGAUCUUAAUGGUUUGGUGGCUCUGAGUCCUUCGGACUCCUGGUUACAGGGGAGUGCAAUUUAUGGAAUCUCUGUUUUAAACUUCAGUAUAUUGAAUUGAAUAGUGGUAACUGUGUUUUGUUCAUCCACAAGAUAUAUCAUAAACUUCUGUUUCUUAUGUUAAAUCAUCAUAAAGAUGCCAACGAAAGGACAGUUUAGCAGUGAAAAGAAUGUGAAGAUCAUACCAGGUCGUGAUGGACAAAAGAAGGGAAAUUCACAGCAUGACCAAAUUGUACAAGUGCCAAAGGACAAGGUCAAAGCAGUCAGUGGAAGUGUAGAUGGAAAAUUUGAUGAUCGAGUCAGAGUUGUGAAAAAUGAUAAGUUCCGAAGGCAACGGGAUCCUUGGAAUGCAGAAAGGGCUCCAUGCAUGAAGGGCUCAAAACCAUGGCCUGGUCGAAAGGCAGCUACUGUUGAUGAACUUGUCAAGCAUAUGUCAAUUGUUCCUUCAUAUUUACAGCGUAGGGAGACUGCAGACCAUCUUCAAGACAAAGCGCUGAAUGUUGGGGUUCUUGAGUGGGGCCUUCUUGCUAACUGGUCUCAGCAACAAAAGCAUGAGCCCUACAGAAGCCAUGGAGCCUCUCCAUCCAAUACUAGUAGGUCUGUGCUAUUCUCAUCUCCAUCACAUUCUUCUGCAAGUCUCAGCAGCAGAUCUCUUGAGAGCAAUCAAUCUACUCCAAUGAGUGACCAUCAGCAUUCAUCCAGCAAAGCUCAGCAGAGUAGGCUUGCAGAUGAACACCAUGGGAAGGCCAGAUAUUCGCCUAGCCCAAAUUCUGCGGUAUUGACCUUGUUGCCAGGGCAUGGCAAAUAUCUCUGUGCAGAGAACAGCUGUAAUUAUGGUGGCCUGAGUCUCAGCAAUGUAUCUCUACCCUCAGAUUAUGUAGCUGCUUCCUCUGGAAGUUGUGUGCGACAUGAAAUGGUUGAAGCUGAAGAGGCUAGAAGGAAGAUUGAAGGCGUUGUCCAUCACUGUUCCCGUAGGCUUUUUACAGACAGCGAUAAAAUUGGGAAAAAUUUCUUCACAUCAAACAACAAUGAUUCCAUGUGCAAUGAUCCCGAACAGAACAGUGGCUUGAAUGAUGAGAAUUUAGAGUCAUUAAUAUCUAAUGCCGUGAUGGACACAGGUAGAAAUGGCAGUAGGUCACCAUUUGGUUUCUUGGAAGAUAUUGAGCCAUCCCAUGAAUUUCGAAUUCCAUACUCAUGUCCACUUCCCGUCGUAGAUUCAGCUGAUGAACUUGGCACCAGUAGCACUGCAGGUAGAGAUAAUCUUGUUGGUACAGCUGCAACAAUAAGUGAGAGCUGUAACCAAAACCGAUCUGCCAUGAGUGUCAUUGAGGAUCCCCCCCAAAGUUCUGGAAAGUUCAGUGACGUGGGUAGGAUGCCUGAUCGUCAUCUAGUUUCUGGGAUGGCUCGAGUGAGCCGCAGUUCUAGCCUGAAGGAGGCACCGUAUGAUCGACAGCCUGAGGCAGUGACCUCUGUUGAUAAGAUAGGAGACAUGUCAUCAUCCAAUAGCAAAAGCAGGUGCAGCCGCAGCCGCAGCCCAUUGAGGAGGAUGUUAGAUCCAAUAUUAAAGCCAAGGCACACAUCCACUUCUAGUCCAAUACAAUCUUCAUUUGUUCCAAAGUGUCAUCUUCCAGGCAAUACCAGUAAGCAGUCUCUGGACUUGGGUGGAUCAGUGUCACAGAAUGUGCAGAGAAGGUCAAUUGACAUGGUAGUCAAUUCGAAUUACCAGACCAAAGCAAAUAUAAAACAGCCUCCUCGUGUGCUAUGGAACAGCGCAAGAUACCUCCAGCAAGAAAAGGAUUCAGCAACAAGGCAAGCAUUUCUGCAGCUAGCAUGGAAGAAUGGCUUGCCUUUAUUCAUGCUGUCUUAUGGUGAUUCUGAUAUCCUGGCGGCCACUGUUGGAAGGAAGGACAUCUCCGAUAAGGAUGAUCUGGAAAGCACAUAUACUUUAUUCACUGUUGCAGAACCUAAGAAAAAAAGUGGAGCUUGGAUCAAGGCAGGGAAUAAGAACAAGAAAAAUCAACUGGUAUCCAGCAUACUUGGGGAACUGAGGGUUGCACGUCAAAAAUCAAGAUGCUGUCACACAAAAAAUGUUCAUGUCCACAGGGAAUUUGUGUUGGUUGGUUCUGAAUUGCUACCAUCAUCUGAAGAAUUAGGUGAUUCACACGUUAGUGGAGAGCUUGCAGCUUUUAUCAGUGCAUUGCCUCAGCAAGAAGCAGAAACUUCUCAUCAAUCAUCUUCACAGAAUUCCGGACGAAGAAGUUCAGUGUCGAUUGACUGUUGUUGCUCCCCACUGGGAAACUUCCAGCCUAGUACGAGGAAUGCUAGUUCCGGUUCAGCCAAUGUUAUUGCUAUACUUCCUAAUGGCUUCCACGGCACAUCAACUUCUGGACAGCCAUUACCUCUGAUAGAAAGGUGGAAAUCAGGAGGAGCAUGUGACUGUGGCGGGUGGGAUGAAGGUUGCAUGCUGAGUGUGCUCACCGAUGGUACCCAAGAAAACAACGGUGCGAUUCAUGCUAACCAGGCACUGGAUGGCAGUCAGCGAUUUGACCUUCUAGUUCAGGGUCGAGCGCGAGAUAGGCAUGCCUUCAGUAUGGUUUCAUUCAAAGAAGGGUUAUACACAGUGAAAUUCAGAUCAUCCAUUGCUUUACUUCAAGCUUUUGCAAUGUGUAUAGUGAUGCUUCAUGGGAGGUACCCUAGCAGGAUGCAAGUAGGUCUGCAAGCAUCGCAAGAGCAUGAUCUUCUUGCUGAUCAUGAGCUCAAGACCAUGGCGGCCAGUCAAGGUAGAGCUCCGACCAGCUAUGUGCCCCACCAGCCACCUCUUUCUCCGGUAGGCCGAGCCUAGCUUUAUCGCGAUGAAAUGUAUGUUCUGUGCCUUGUCUUUUUCACUCGUCAGUUGUGUAGUGCCGGUGGGAUCAAUGUACCAUGGUCCUCUGGUCCACAUGCAAUUCACAUCGUAAAGUGAUGAAUCUGUGUGCAAUUGGCUUUAGAGGUAGCUAUCUGUACAUGUUGACGUUGUAUGACUGUGCUACGAUGUUGCUGCAAGGCUCAUCUCAAUGCUUUAGUUACCCUA